AUGUUUCAUACCAAAAUAAAAAAUCGUGUAAUAAUUUUUUAUUGCAUUUACACAAUAUCCUUGAGUUUACUUAGUACAUGUAGUGCUGCAACUGAAAAUCUAACAAAUUCAAAUUAUGCAACAUUAACCCACCACAAUGGCUUACCAACUGCACCAGCUACAGCAUCAGUAACUACAUCAACAUCAACGACUAGUGGAUCGUCAUAUCAAAGUGCGGGUACACGCACCGCUCUUCGUAUUUAUGAUGAAUGUGCACGUUCUGAAGGCGGUUUUGUGCCAUGCUUCAAAAAGAAAGCGAUCUCCUUCAUAGAUCGUAUAUCACACAUUGAUGCCAUAACCGUUGCAGAUGGCGUAAAAGUCGUACGGCUUUCACGUAAUGACAUCACACCUCUUCACACCGCUUUUAGUGAAAAUGAAUUGGAAUCAAAUCUUCCACGCUCGUUGGAGGAUCGUGACAGUAAAUUAACACAUAUGCUGAUUGAACGUCUGAGUAACUUUUUCAAUGCACACUCCUUGCAAGUGAGUUUUCCUAAGUUAACUUCGGAGGAAAUUGGACGCGGUUUAGAAGAAGGUCGUGGCAAAAUGAAGAAAAUGAUGGGCAUGAUGAUGAUGGGCAUGGCAAUGAAAAUGAUGGGCAUGAUACCAAUGGCAAUGGGCAUGCUUUAUAUACUUGCUGGCAAGGCUUUAAUCAUAUCGAAAAUUGCACUUUUACUCGCUGGUAUAAUGGGUUUGAAGAAACUAAUGGCUGGACGAGGUGGCUCUAGUGGUGGUGGUGGAACGAGUUGGUCAUCCAGCGGAGGCGGAGGUGGAUGGUCCUCUGGUGGUGGCGGUGGUUACGAUCGACGUUCAUUCAAUGAAGCACAAGAAUUGGCGUACCGCAGUUACAGCAGGCAACCAAAUCAUUUAGUUUACCAACAACAAACACAACUAAAGCAACAACAACAGUUACAAAAACAGCAGGGAAAAGUACAACAGCAGCAACAGCAGCAGCAGACACAGCAGCAGCAGCAACAAUACCAGCCGCAGCAAUUACAACUGCAACAAGUGCAAAAGUCAUAAAUGCAGUAAAAGUUAAAUUACUAUAAAAUUUACAACAAAUAUGAAAAAUGAUUAAAAAUCGAUCAUGAGCAAAUUAUCUUGUAGAUAAUUUUUCUUUCAACAAAUUGCAACGACAUAGUUACUGACAACAGCUACGGCAAGAUCUUCACAUAAAAAGUUGAACUUUAUUUUUUAUGAAAUUUUGUAAUUAUGUAUGUGUGCUUCAUAAACUGUACUUACUAGUUGCUACUAUUUUCAUUCUAAUAGUUUUUAGUAUUUUUCAUUUGUCUUCUGCAUUUAUAUAUUUCCAUAAUCAACCAUAUUUUUGCAUAAACCGUUUACUGUUAAGAUCGUGUCUUCUUGCAGUAUUGCAUUUACUGUUAUUGAUCUAUUAGGUGCAACGCCUUUCCACACAGUUCUUCGCACUCCUCUAAGUGCUAAGUCUUGGUGCUUGGUGCUUUGCUUAUUAUGCACGCUAUUAGCUUCUAUCUUUGACUUCAUUAUAGUCUUGCCGGCUUUAAUUUAGUUUUUAUAUUUCUUACCCAUCUCAUGCUUAUUAUUCUCCUCACUAUUCUAUCUUUAUUGGGCAACUCAAUUAGUUGCUGUUAGCAGAUAGUUUUCAGGUUGUAAAUUAGAUUGAAAACUGUUAUUUUUUUAAUAAAAACAUUCUUCCGUUUUCUUCACUUUUACUUCCUGAUUUGU